GAUGGCUUCCAACAAUAAUACACAAAACAUGCCAAACGAAACAAAUAACAUUUCAAUUCAGGAUGAAAUUUUAAAGUUGUGCGACUCAAAAACGCGGCCCGAAGCCAUCGAUAACAUAGUUGAAAUUAAGAGAAAUAUACGUAAUUUGCCUCAGCUACUUUUUCACACAACUAGCGUGUUCGAUGGGAUCAUUGAAGAGAUAGAAUCCGUUUACGAGCUGAUAAUAAAUGACAAUUUGACCACCACGAAGACUUUGACGGUUUGUGGUGCCCUAGAACUUCUAACAGUCGUUGUGGCAGCCCCAGAGCUCGACUACAACUUUCUCAUGGACAAGAAAGUAGCAUGUAUUGACGGCCUGUUGUGGAUGUCAUUCGAUGAAGUUUUGAAAGGGACAAUGCACGAUUUUGCGUUAGGCGUUAUGGGUUCAAUGUUGGGUGUAAUCUUGGAAAAUGAGAAGCUAAGUAGGUUCCUUAAAAACAACAAGUUUCUCGAAACUGCGAGGUACCUGGUGACCUCUAUAUAUUCACAGGAUAUGUACGUAGGGGCAAGAAUGAUAUGUGCCCUAUUAGGAAGCUAUUCCACUAGAAAUAACAUAUGUAGACAGCCAAAAAUACUACGCACCCUCAUUAAAUCCCUUAAUAAAGCGGUUAAGAUGAUGGAGGAAAAGCGAGAACCAAGGAUAGUGGUGAUGGUACUUGGAUGCUAUCAAUUACUGUCCCUCCAUAAAGGAACAAGAGCAUUUUUGCCUGCUAUGUUUCCCCAAUCGGUGUUGGACAAAACAUUUGACAAAGCCAUCAUUGCUGGUCACAGUUGCACUACAUUGCGUAAAAUUAUGCUUCGCAACCUGGAAGUAAAUUUUCCAAUGCUUCCCAAUAAUUUUAUUUAAAGUGUGCCUUUGUACUGUUUAAAUUAUUUAAUCUAUUUUAACAAUAAAAAUAUUUAAUAGUGAUCAAUAUUUCUUUUUAAUAUACUGACAUAUUUCCAAAUAUUUCCU